AUCGCAUCAUCAUACCACCGAUCGAAGGCACACUAGGCACUAGCUAGGAAGAGCGCAUCAGGAAGCGUACGUCAACUGGCUUGCGCGUCGAUUCUUGUCUUGAAGUUGAAAUCUUGGCGCGAGUGUCGACCUUUAAUCAAUCGGGCGUAGUUUUUUGCUCACUGAUCAGCGAGUUCUGUUAGAUUGAACUUUAAAGUGCGCACGCACUGCCCUGAAGCCUUCGGGUCCGUGACGAUGUCGAGGAGAGCCGCAGCAGCGCUCGCGCUCGCGUGCCUCGCCGUGAUGGCGGCGGCACUGGCGGACGGCGCGCUGCUCCCGUGGUUCGGCGAAGGGAGGCGCGGGGGCGACGAGGCCGCGGCGGCGGCGGCGUCUCCGCUGUCCGGGCCCGGGGUGGGCCUCCUGGCCGACCCGUUCCGGAUCCUGGAGCACGUCCCCUUGGGCUUCGACCGGGACGACGUGGCCAUGGUCUCCAUGGCGCGCGCGGACUGGCGCGAGACUCCCGACGCGCACGAGAUCGUGGUGGACGUGCCCGGGAUGCGCAGGGAGGACCUCAAGAUCGAGGUGGAGGACUACAGCCGGGUGCUGCGAGUCAGCGGCGAGCGGCGGCGCGCGGAGGAGCACAGGGGCGACCACUGGCACCGCGAGGAGCGCUCCCACGGCAGGUUCUGGCGCCAGUUCCGCCUCCCCGAGAACGCCGACCUCGACUCCGUCGGCGCCAGCCUCGACAACGGCGUCCUCACCGUGCGGUUCCGGAAGCUGGCCCCCGAGCAGGUCAAGGGCCCGCGCGUCGUUGGGAUUGCCGGGGGAGACGGUGACGGCGACGCGAAGAAGAGUAUUGGCGGCGGCGCCGGGGAUGGUCAUCAUCAGACCAAGAAGGUGGAGCUCUGAACAGUCAAACGAGGGGUGUUCGCGUUUUUUUUUUUUGGGUAUGUUCUGUAUGUUCCACGACGUAUCCGGUAUCUCCACCUGUAUUGUAUGGAGAGGCAGAGAAAGUGUGCGAUCUUGACUGAGAAAUAAAAACCUACAGCACUAUCCCUUCAAU